UACAGCCGGGUCACACCCCCCCCCCCCCCUGCACUAUAGCACUUGGCUCUUAGAGAAACACUAAGGAGCGCACAAUCCGUCACCUCACACUGCUAGAAAAACAUGAUCCCGAGAAGAGUCGCUCCUGCGCUUCAGCACUUAAGACAACCCUUCCACUGCAAUUAAUUUCAGCUGAAAUCAGAGACCAUCGCUUAGUCUGGUCCUUGUUGAACUAUUUUCUUCUCCAUUUUCUCUUUCUUUUUUUUUUUUUUCUCUGCGCUGGAUCUUUCGUGCCAGAAAAUGUGUGUGGAGAGCGAUGGGUGCGAGAUUGAAGGCUGCAGCAGUUCAGAUGAGGUGCGCACGCUGUCGGGCAGCAUGAGUCCCGGACUGAAAUCCAACCCGGACCUUCACCCGUGCAGACCGGGGCAGAAAUUCCGCGCCGCGCUGCUCAGAUGCCGCUCACCGGCUGCUGCCGCCGCGAUCCUCAGUUUUGGGAACGUCCUCAAUUACAUGGACAGAUACACGGUAGCCGGUGUCCUGCUUGACAUCCAGCGACAUUACGAAGUAUCAGACAGUAGAAUCGGUUUGUUGCAAACAGUCUUCAUCUGCAGCUUCAUGGUGGCAGCUCCCAUCUUCGGUUACCUGGGCGACCGCUUCAACAGAAAGGUCAUCCUGAGUUGUGGCAUUUUCUUCUGGUCCAUUGUUACUCUGUUGAGCUCCUUCAUCAGCAAAGAGUACUAUUGGCUGUUUGUGCUCUCCAGGGGACUAGUGGGUAUUGGAGAGUCCAGCUACUCCUCCAUCUCUCCCACCAUCAUAGGAGACCUGUUCACUAAUAACAGCCGGACCACGAUGCUCUCUAUCUUCUAUCUGGCCAUCCCCCUGGGAAGUGGGUUGGGUUACAUCCUGGGCUCCAGUGCCAAGGUGGCUGCAGGAGACUGGCACUGGGCAUUGAGGGUGUCCCCAGUUUUAGGGAUCACCGCAGGAACUCUGAUCCUGGUCUUCGUGCCUGAGCCAAAGAGAGGCAGCGCUGACCAGAUGGGAGGACGCAUCAAAACACGUACUUCCUGGUGCUGUGACAUGAAGGCGCUUGCCAAGAAUCGAAGCUACGUGUUCUCCUCCCUGGCAUCUGCGGCGGUGUCUUUUGCCACAGGUGCAUUUGGUAUAUGGAUUCCUUUGUACCUGGCCAGAGCCCAGGUGGUCCAGAAGACUGCAGAGGCCUGUACAAAAGAGAUCUGCAGUAGCACAGACAGCCUAAUCUUCGGGGCAAUCACCUGUGUGACGGGUCUGUUAGGCGUGGUCAUCGGGGCAGUCACCACACGCCUGUGCCGCCAGAAGACGGAGCGAGCCGACCCGCUAGUGUGCGCUGUCAGCAUGCUGGGCUCAGCCAUCUUCAUUUGCCUCAUCUUUGUAGUGGCCAAGAAGAGCAUCAUAGGAGCUUAUGUUUGCAUUUUUAUAGGAGAGACACUGCUUUUCCUGAACUGGGCCAUAACAGCAGACAUUUUAAUGUUUGUCGUUAUCCCCACACGGAGGGCAACGGCGGUCGCCUUUCAGAGCUUCACUUCUCAUCUUUUGGGUGAUGCAGGAAGUCCGUACCUGAUUGGCCUGAUCUCCGACGGCCUUCAGCAGAGCUACACCACGUCAUCGCUGUGGCGAUUCCUCAGUCUGGGCUAUGCCCUCAUGCUUUGUCCGUUUAUCAUCGUCCUGGGGGGCAUGUUUUUCCUGGCCACUGCCCUGUUUUUCCUGGAUGACAGGGAGAAGGCUGAGAAACAGUUGAACCAGCUGACACAUCCACCCUCCUCAGUCAAGGUAUGACCAGGUGACCACCAAAUGAGGGGCUGGGAGGAGCAACCAAACUCCAUGAGGAUCAGGAUGGGGCUGAAAAAGCGAAGGCAGCUGAUCCGCUUCUUUAAAACCACGCCCAUGUUCUCUUCACCGUCACCGCAGCUGUGAUCAUCCUCCUCUUCCUCUUUUUCCUGUUGCUCUUCCUUUUUACACGCCCUCGCUGGCUGCUCAGAACUGGAACGAGGGAGCGUCUUGCCCCUCCUUUAAAUGCCUCGAAAUCACAGGCUGGUGUUAAGGUGCCCAGCGGUGCCCCGGCCAACCGACAGCUGGUGUCCUCCUCACCCCUGUCUGCGAGGAUCCAGUGAAACUUCCAGGGAGGAGGUGGGAUGGCAAAACCCGCUGUGACCCCUCCGACUCCGGAUGCCAUACUACUGAAUGCUGACCAUGAACCUGCCCGGUCUGUCUGCCUGUCUGUCUUUAUAUGUCUGUCUGUCUGUCUGUCUGGCAUCGGCUGUCAAUCUGCACCAAGUGCCAUAUCAUCAUUACAUUCCUUCAGAUUUUGCACUGACCACCAUUAACCCUCAUGAUGUCAUCCCUGACUAUGUUUACAUGCACAUCAUAAUUCAGGUUUGGGCUCUGAAAUUAGUUGGAUUAGGCUGUUUAUCAUUACUAGACAGUAGAUCAUUUUAAAACUGCAACUCUGUUGCUCUUGUGCAAAUUUUCCACAAUUCAACACUCCUGUAAACAGAAAGAAGCUGUAAAAUUCGAGUGAUGUGGAGCAAGUGAUGCAACUGCAGGAAUAUAACUCUCAAAGUAUUUUUCUGUUCAAACAAGCCUCCAAUAAUGUGAUUAAAAUGAGAUUUCUCUGCACAUGUUAAUCGCAGUGUUGAACUUCAAAAGUAAAUAAAGUGUUUACAUGAUUGAUGCAAGUGUUGCUGUGCAUGUAAACAUAGCCGUCAACCAAGAGCCAAAAAGUGUUACUGUCUAAAGGUCAGUGAAUCAGCCUUAAGAAUUGGAGCUUUCACAUCCACAGCUGUUUCUUUUGACCCCCACAUGUUUUUAUUUUUAGCUUUUAGCACUUAAAUCAGUGUAGACAGCGCCAGAUGGCAUGACAGAGAUGAGAAAUUUCUGCACAUUAUUUUUCACAAGGUUUCUUGUGAAUCUUUAUUCUUUUUCUGUGUGAUGUUGGAGUUGAAACUGGAGGUUAUUGCCUAUGACUGUUUCAGAAGGAUGUUGAUGCAAUCUGGGCGAUUUAAAGUGGACACUGGACUAUAUAUAUAUGUUCUAAUUUAUGAUGUACAUGCUUUUUCCCAAAAGUAAAUGAAAUGCUACUCUUUUUAAUUCUAAAGAGUAACACCUGUGUUUUUGUGUACAUGAGAAGCAAUACGAACAAUUUUGAGGAAACAAAUCCUUUUUAUCCACACUGCCUUAUCAGUGAGCCAGGUUUCUCUUUGGGGGGGGGGGGGCUCUCUGAUGCUUGGUUUUGAAUUUCUGGACACAACGCCCACACAGAGACAGAGUCACUUUUAAUGAUGGAUUCCAGUGCGGUCCACGCUGGUUACAAUAAGACACAUUGUGGAAAGAAACCUUUCCCCCUCACAAUUGUAGAUAUCCCAUUCCACAUUUAGAAGAAAGGACCUUUGAGGCACAGUCAUCAGUUUAUUACUGAGGGGAAUCAAAAUCCCAGACAGGAACAGGAAAUUCUUUGGCCCCAGGUUAGAAUGCUUAGGAGCUCUUAUCGCUGAUAACUGAUAAGCGCGGAAUCCCACUUUGAAACCAGACCAGCAUGUCCUCAUAUGUCACUGCAGCAGCUGACUGCGGGAGUCCCCGGCAGAGAGCGACAUGGAAAUUUACAUAAGAAACACAAGUAGACAAUAGACAAAAUAUGAAUUUGAUUAAUCACUCCAUGUAUUAAUUACAGUAUCAUAUUUGUAAUGCUCCCACAAAGAAAAAGAAGUCUGCUAUAGCUAGUCACUUGUAUAUACAAAGAUUAGAAGCUAACUCUUGUUUUUUUGUUUUUUUUAUUUCUUUUUGCAUAUUACCUGGUGGAUAUAGUUUUACCAAAGCCUCGAAGCCACUAAUGGUGUCAGAGGUUUUAAAACUUGUGCACAAAGGGGAAAAAAAAGCACUUUGCAGACCUCCAAGAAACACAGAAGGAGGAGGAGGAGGAUGGAGUGACCUUAACAGAGGAAUAAAGGGAGACGUUGAGGUGGUUCUUGUAGCAUUGAUGUGCGAGCGUGACUCACUGGCUGUGUGUGGGCUGCUGUGUGGGCUGUGUCCUUGUUGCCAGAUCGUUAGCUUUAGCUUCUCUCCAACUGCGUGGAGCUCUCUGAAUGUGAUUCUGUCCAACCUGACGUGUUUACACACCUACAUCUUCUUAAUGAACUAAGCUUCUUACCUUCCUUUUGUCAGUUUUUUUAAUGUUACCAAAUGAGGUGUUUUUUUAAUAACUACAAGAUAUAUAUAUAUAAAACUAUAUCACGCAGCAACUUUAAUAUAUUGUAAAUGAUGGCUUGGAUGCAAUGUAUUUAUUUGUUUGUUACCAUAAUGAAGAAUAAUCUAUAAAGGGAAGUUUCAUGUUUGAGUAUAUUACACUUUGUUGUAUGUCAUUGGGUUUGGAAACGCCUGUUGUUUAUUCAUCCUUUUGUAUCACAAUGAAACAACACAAUACCUUUUUACAUCACUAAUAUUCAUUCUGUUUACUGUGAUCAUGAAUCGGACAUCUCACACAUAUUCCACGCAAAAGGAACAGCAAUGUGAUGAUUUAAAGACAUGUUUAGGGUGCAAUAAUUUUGCAAUUUUUUUGUAGCUCUUGUAAAUUUUUUUUUUCCUUUUCUUAAGAAUAACUGAUCAAACCAUUUUGCACACUUAAUGUUCAGGGAUUUAUUUGAACCAUAGCUUAGCAUCAACUUCACAGCCUCUGCCAUAGAGGGCUGUCACUUCAUGGUCACAGUAAGUGCUGACAUCAUCAGAAGGGACAUUGGCUCUGGUCAGAUGGGUCAUGUACUGAGUUUCACUUUGCCAAAUUUAGUUGAUAUAGCACCAAUCCUUUUGGAGUUAAGUCUGUUGUACUGAGUAACUCUAUGUUAUCACUGAAGUGAUGUAUUGAGAAUGUGCUAUUUCUUGUCAUACAAGAAUCAUGUAUAAAGAAACCUUUUUCUGAAGUUGUGCAGAAAACAGAGGUUACUUUUAUUUUUAGAGCAAGUCAAUACAAGAGAAGUAUCAGAGAAAUUAAAGGAUAUUAUUCUAGAACUGAACUGUGAUGCACCCUUGGAGGGGUUGAUUGAAAAUGUACAUGAGUGUAAAUCAAAUAAACUUAUUUAAUCACUUCA